CGCCGGUGAGAGGAGGGUGUGCGAGCGGACGGUCCGAGCGCCUUCUGAGUGGAGUUUAGUUUCGGGUUCGCUCUGAAUCUCGUGACCAUCGACCUGCAGGAGAGACUGUAAUUCGGUGUGUGAUAGUCCUACGAUGGCGGCAAUAGAGUAACAAGUGUCACAUUUUUCACGGCGAUAUUAUAUACAGAAAUUUGAAAAAGAGACUUCGAGCAAGGUUAUUUAUUGCUCUAUCAUUGCCAUCAUGGACGGAGGAAGUUUACAAGCAAUCACGAUGGCAUCUCUCCGUGCCAUGACAUUCUGGUGCUUGCUUCUGGGCGCGGUCAUGAGCUUCAACAUCGAGUCGGAUUACUUUGUGCUUCAUCGAGGACCCUCCGACAGCAAGUUCGGAUUCAGUGUGGCACAACACCGCGAUACUCAGGGUGCUUGGGUGUUGGUUGGCGCCCCUGAAGCCAGCACCUUCCAGCCCGACGUCGAACGAGGGGGCGCCGUGUACAAGUGUCGACCCGACAUCCCCGACGACUGCGACCCCAUACCCUUCGAUACCACUGGCAACCACUGGGAAGCUGGAAGACAAGUCGACAACAAGAGCAUGCAGUGGUUCGGCGCGUCGGUGACAAGUCGCAGUGGCGUCAUUGUGGCUUGUGCUCCCCGCUACGUGUGGUUCAGCGUGAAGAAGAACCGGCGAGAACCUGUAGGAAAUUGUUUCAUCAGCACCGGAAGGGAAUCGCAGGCCUAUCAGAUGUACUCACCUUGCAUGACGACUGCCUGGGGCUACCAUCGUCAAGGGUCCUGCCAGGCUGGAUUCGGGACAGCGCUCACCACGGGUGGGAAUCGAUUAUACGUCGGCGCCGUUGGAAGCUUUUACUGGCAGGGUCAGGUGUUUUACCAAGACUUACUCAACCAGAGGGAGGCGCUGGCGACGGGGGAGGGUCCCCAGCAGGACGACAUGAGCUACCUUGGCUAUUCUGUGGCCACGGGGGAGUUCAGCGGCGACGGCGAGGAGGACCUGGCGGUGGGGAUGCCCCGGGGCAAUAACCUGACGGGCCAGGUAGUAGUGUUCGACCACCGCCUCAACAUCCUCUACAAUAUUACGGGUCGCCAGAUCGGUUCAUACUUCGGCUACUCCGUCACUGUCCUCGACGCCAACGGAGACGGUCUCGACGACGUGGCGGUGGGCGCGCCCUGGUACACGGACCCAGCGGCUUCCACGGACUUCGAGGAGGGGUCCGUGUCCGUCUUCUCACAGACGCAGCAGCGUAACUUCCAGCUCUCCGUUCAGCUGAUGGGCGAUCGGUCCAGGAGUCACUUCGGGCUGUCCUUGGCGUCCCUGGGCGACCUCAACCGUGACGGCUACGGUGAUCUGGCGGUGGGCGCCCCCUACGCCGGCGAAACAGCUCGGGGCGGCGUCUACAUUUUCCUCGGGGGACCCAAAGGCCUGUCCAAGACUCCCUCUCAGGUACUUUUGGCGGAAGAAUUAACGCAGGUGAACAUCGCCACUUUCGGAUGGGCGCUCUCAGCGGGGGAAGACCUGGACGGAAACGAGUAUCCCGACCUGGCGGUGGGCGCUUACGACACCAACAAAGUCGCUGUCUUCCGCACGCGACCUGUUGUCCAGGUCAAGGCCGAAAUAAAUUUCAGCGGCAGAAGCGGCAUCAUCGACCUAGACCAGCAGGGAUGUUCCCUUCAGGACGGCACCAACGUCCCGUGUGUGGCCCUACAGUAUUGUCUGACAUACUCGGGGCACGGCGUUCCAAAGGACCUCUCUGUGGAAGUGUCCUUGAAGCUGGACCGACAGGCUGAGUUGUCUCCUCGCAUGUUCUUCCUCGAGAAGGAGAAGCACUCGGUCUCCAACUCCACCAUCGAACUCAGGAAGUCCGUUAAGGGAUGCAAAUCUGUUUACACCUACAUCACCAGCGACCCCCGGGAUAAGCUGACGCCCCUGGAAGCGGAGAUGCACUACAGCCUGGUGGAGGGCCGGUCUCGUGUGCCCCGCGAAGUGCUGCGCGCGAUGCUGGCUCCUCCGGCGUCGGGCGAGCGAGAGGCGGCUCGCACCACCAUCUACAUCAAGAACAACUGCGGCGAGGACAACGUGUGCGUGCCGGACCUCAAGACGCGGGUCGAGACCGACUUUGACGAGUACGUGCUUGGCUCCCUCGACAACCUGGUGCUGAUGACGAGCCUGAGCAACGAGGGCGAGGACUCCUUCCAGACGAAGCUGCACGUGCGUGUCCCCAAGGGCGUCACCUUCAGCAAGUUCUUGGUGACGGCCAACACCGCGGAGGACGUCACCCCCAUCUGCUCGGCGCUCACCAGAGAGGAAGAUGAGCAGGUGGUAUGCGACGUGGGCAAUCCGCUGCCCUCCGGGAAGGAAAUUGCCCUCAAGCUAGUGUUCCAACCCAACCCCGAGGUCAUCAUCAGCGCCCGCCUCACGGUCCUCCCCUUCAACGUGACGGCCACCUCGACCAAUGAGGAGCUCCACGGGACGGAGUGGGACAACCACGUCAUGAAGGAACUGCAGGUCACCGUCAGGAGCGACGUCGACAUCAAGGGAAUCUCGUGGCCGGACGGCGCCUUCGACUACAACGCCUCCCGCUUCGGCAUGGGGCUGCUUGGCGAGGGUGAGCAGGUGAGCCACGACUGGCAGGUCGGCCCGGAGGUGACCCACGUCUACGACGUUACCAACCAGGGGCCGUCGGACCUCCCGCAGGCCCAGAUAUUCCUCCUGUGGCCCACCAGGACUCUCGGGGGCGACCCGCUGCUCUACCUGCUGGAAGAACCCGACGUGUCGUCCGAGGCCGUCUGCCACUCCGUGCCCGAUGUCAACUACCUGGGGCUCACGGUGGCGGAAGCGACGUACGACCAUCUGGUAACGGCGCCCGAGCUGGCAGCUCAGGUGGGCAGCUCCAUCCUCCACGUGACCGAAGAGAGCGCAGCGCUUCAUGCCAAGCACCGGACGCGCCACGGCCAUCGCCUCAGGAGGAGUCAGAGGCGGCGCCUGGAGGACGAGCUGUCCUGCGGCCCGACCAACUGCACCCGCGUGAUGUGCACGGUGUCGCCCUUCAGAGCCAAGUCCAACAUCAUCAUCCGCGUGCGAUCCCGCCUCUGGGUGGACACCAUCGAAAAGCUGGGACGCACCGAAGUGAAGAUCACCUCGCGCCUGGUGAUCGCCGGAAUGGGCAUGGCAGAGGAGGAUGAGGCGGGGCCGAGCUGGGGCGACGUGGAGCAGCUGUGGGCGGGCACGGUGACCACGCUGGUGCGGACGGGCCCGGAGGAGCACGUGCGCUCCCUCAAGUGGGUGGUGAUCGUGGGCAGCAUCCUCGCCGGCCUGUUGCUACUGGCUCUCCUCAGCGCUAUUCUCUGGGCGUUGGGCUUCUUCAAGAGGAAGCGGCCUCAGGACAAGUCGGACUCCGAGCCCCUCAACGGCAACGGCUUCUACAGCAACGGCAAGUCGUGAGGAACCACGGCAGAAGUGACUCCUCGUGCCCUUCGCGCCCCGUGCUGCACUUGAAAGCCGCUCGCCGUGCAAUGUGCAACUGAAACAGAGCUUUAAUCGGGAGUUUUGGAUGCGCAUUGCUGCAUAGACGGGAAGUAAUAAGAGAAAGAUGUGUGGAACUGACCGUACCUCCCGUUCGAGGCGAAAGUGUACAUAUAUAGAGCCUCCCACCUAUCCGAUCAUGCUUCAUUUUCAAGGUGUUUGAAGUUACCGUCACUUUAGCAUUAAGUGUACCGUGUGCUCAAAAGUGCCAUAUUAGCUCCUUCAGUCACUGCUUUUUGUGCCUUAUAUGUUGCCUGAAAGUAUUUUCCUGUUGAUUCUAUUACUGUGGAUAUUAUUCGGACAAUCUGGUCACCAAAAGUGCAAUUUACGUGUGCAUGUGACUGUCAUGAUGCAUUUAAAAGGCGUGUUGAAUCGGGUGAUUGACUCGUCUAAUUUGAUAUAACAUAGAAUAGCGUAGCUGUUAAAUAAGUGCUAAGGUUGAGUACUUAAAAUGUGAGCUGACGUCCGCAUUGUUUCUGUAAAUAAGCCUAGUGGAAUGAAGUCUUAGUCAUAUGAUGUAAUUUUUCUUGUAAAAACAAAUAAACGUUAUAUAUAUAUGAAUAUGAAUCAUGUAGAUAAUUAUGCAACCGCUUCGUGGCACUAACUCGUGUUGAACGCAGAGAGAGAGAGAGAGAGAGAGAGAGAGAGAGAGAGAGAGAGAGAGAGAGAGAGAGAGAGAGAGAGAGAGAGAGAGAGAGAGAGAAAGAGAGAGAGAGAAAGAGAGAGAGAGAGAGAGAGAGAGAGAGAGAGAGAGAGAGAGAGAGAGAGAGAGAGAGAGAGAGAGAGAGAGAGAGAGAGAGGUAAUCGAGAUGAAACAAGUUACAUGAUUGCUAAUUACAGAGAGAAGAAAUGCAGAGGCUUAGCAAAUGUCGACAUUCCUGUGUUGGAUAUUCAAGGACAAAUGAGGAAAAGAAAAUGAAAGAAUGGUCCAUUUGUUUAAGGAAAAUGUGUAUGUGAAAAUGUGUAGUUACAGUUAUCUCUAUAAAACUUGUUAUCUUAGCAAGCAUGCUUCCGGCUGGUAACUGUUAACUAGCCAACGAUCUCGUCAGAAUACACGCCUGGUUCAUCCCUCGCGAACACUGCCCACACGAGCCUAGGAGCAAAGAUGCGUUAUUUGGACUGAGGCCAAAACAGUGCGGCCUCCAUUCCUAAUACUGUGAUUGUGUAUAUAUAUUUUUUUACAGUUAAUUUCCACGAUUUUAUUCCCAAUUCAACGAAGGAAUGGGUUAUUUUACUCGACCGUGUUUUGUACAUACGAAUGUUUAUGUGCUUUUGGUUUGCAGUAGCUAUCACUAGUGUCACUUCUUGCCUAAAGAAACAGACACCUGAUUCCUAUUGUGAUUCCAGUGUAGUAUUUAUAGGGAAACCGCAUUGUGUGCCAUGAACAACAUUCACCAAGAAGAUACAUUUCAUUAACUGUUCAGAUCUUAUUAAGGUAGAUUUUUAAUGGGCUCUUUGUAGUUGACUUUGUUACAUGAAGUACUUGUAGGUUAAGGCAACAAUGAUUAUUUGAAUCUCAUCAAGUUGUGUUCUAGUCAAUUUCCAUUAUUUGUCUACUUACAAUACCCAUACUUAGUUGUAGAUUGUCCACUAUUCUCUCUCCCUGGGAAUGAUAGCGCACGUUUCGGUAGGAAAAUGUGAAUCUCGAGUGAACAUAUUGUUCAUAGAUCUGCUGUUGUGCUGUUCCUUGGUGCUUCGUUCAAGGGGGCGCCGGGUUUACUGAUCAUAUUACUGGUCAGGUUUUUUUUUUUUUUUUUUUUUUUUCCUUUUCAGCUUAUAGAGAAAACGUAUUCUUCUUUUUAUUAUUAUUAUAUAGCUGUAUCAGAUUGUUUUCUUUAUGUGGGAUGUAUGCUUAAUUGUCUUUCUUUACGUGAUGUGUUCAAUAAGAGAAACGAGAGUAAAAGUAACUAAAAGUAAUAUGUAUUCAUAGGUGGAGACAGCUGUUCAGUAGAAAUAGUUAAAUGAUGAUUUGUGUAAAUGAAAAGGGCGCUCAGUUGAUUUUAUCCACUAGGAUUUAUUCAUGACUCAUUUUAUGUAAGUAAAAUGUACUCGGGAGUGAAAAAAGUAUGCGGUGUAACAUAAAAGGUUAUUUAAUAAAGAUUUAUAUUGUCAAAAUUCAAAUGAUUUCCCAAUUUCUUACACCACUCUCGACGCAGGUCUUGUCACAAACAAAGAUCUUCCAAUUUUCUUAACAAAUCACACCAAUCUCAUGUUAUAAAUGCCACGAAAUGUUAACCCAUGUAUCCAGAGCUCUCUUUAUCUUGUUAAAUAAAAGGUUAGAUCUGUGAAUUUGAUGUGUCAGGCUCCCAUCCCCAGAGGAAGCCCAGAGUCAUGUCCUCUCGCAUGCUAGAAUGGAGAGACUGUGAAUGUUAAUAUUACUUAUCGUUGUGUAUGCUGUCCGUGUAUCGACUUGACAAUCGUGUGUGCCUUAUGGAAUCCGAAUAAAACUACUAUCCUAA